AUGGCAAUCAAGUGGCAGUUCAACCUAAGUCGAGCACCUUGGUGGGGUGGGCAGUAUGAAAGAUUGAUAGGUCUUAUCAAACAAGCGCUGUAUAAAUCUAUCGGUAACGGCCAUCUUACUUGCACAGAGUUGGAAGAAGUGAUCUUGAACAUAGAGGUGGCUCUGAACAACCAUCCCCUCAGUUAUGUUGAAGAUGAUGCACAACUACCACUGCUGACACCUAACAUCUUACAGUUUGGACGCCCGAACAUCCUUCCAGAGCAAAGGAAUCAACACAUCGAGGAUGAUGAUCUGCGGAAACAAGCAAGGUACAUCAAACGGUGCAAAGACGUCAUGUGGAAGAGAUGGUCGUCCGAGUACCUCAAAAGUCUCCGAGAAAGACACAACAUGAAAAACGGUGAGAAGGUGAUACGGUUGAACAUAGGAGAUGUCGUCAUUGUGAAAAGCGAAGAGAAAAAUAGAAGGAAAUGGAGAUUGGGUAUCGUGCAAAGCCUCAUCACGGGUAAGGAUGAAAUCGUGCGAGGAGCAAGACUAGCUGAUGUCCCAGAGUUCCGACCAAAACGAAACGCUGCAGCGAUAGCAGAGUGUCGCAUCAAGGACAUUGGUGAAAACAAAGAUGAUUAG